AUGACAACCUUCAUCAGCGUGACGACAAUCUUCAGCAGCGUGACGACAACCACCAGCAGCGUGAAGACAACCUUCAGCAGCGUAACAACAACCUUCAACGUUACGACGGUUUCAGUAAUAAAGGCUGAACAUGUACUGAUAAAGGCUGAACCUGUACUGGCAAAGGUUGAACCUGUACUGGCAAAGGUUGAACCUGUACUGGCAAAGGUUGAACCUGUACUGGCAAAGGUUGAACCUGUACUGACAAAGGCUGAACAUGUACUGACAAAGGCUGAACCUGUACUGACAAAGGCUGAACCUGUAUUGGCAAAGGUUGAACCUUUACUGGCAAAGGUUGAACCUGUACUGACAAAGGCUGAACAUGUUGAACCUGUACUGACAAAGGCUGAACAUGUACUGACAAAGGCUGAACCUGUACUGGCAAAGGUUGAACCUGUACUGACAAAGGCUGAACAUGUACUGACAAAGGUUGAACCUGUACUGGCAAAGGUUGAACCUGUACUGACAAAGGCUGAACCUGUACUGGCAAAGGUUGAACCUGUACUGGCAAAGGUUGAACCUGUACUGACAAAGGCUGAACAUGUACUGACAAAGGCUGAACCUGUACUGGCAAAGGUUGAACCUAUACAGACAAAGGCUGAACAUGUACUGACAAAGGCUGAACCUGUACUGACAAAGGCUGAACCUGUACUGACAAAGGUUGAACAUAUACUGACAAAGGCUGAACCUGUACUGACAAAGGCUGAACCUGUACUGUCAAAGGUUGAACCUGUACUGGCAAAGGUUGAACCUAUACUGACAAAGGCUGAACAUGUACUGACAAAGGUUGAACAUGUACUGACAAAGGCUGAACCUGUACUGACAAAGGUUGAACAUAUACUGACAAAGGCAGAACCUGUACUGACAAAGGCUGAACCUGUACUGACAAAGGCUGAACCUGUACUGACAAAGGCAGAACCUGUACUGACAAAGGUUGAACCUAUACUGACAAAGGCUGAACUUGUACUGACAAAGGCUAAACCUGUACUGGCAAAGGUUGAACCUGUACUGGCAAAGGUUGAACCUGUAAUAACAAAGGCUGAACUUUUACUGACAAAGGUUGAACCUGUACUGACAAAGGCUGAACCUGUACUGACAAAGACUGAACCUCUACUACCAGAGGCUGAACCUGUACUGACAAAGGCUGAACCUGUAUUAACAAAAACUAAACCUCUACUACCAAAGGCUGAACCUGUACUGACAAAGGAUGAACCUGUACCGACAAACGCUGAAUUUGGACUGAUUAAGGCUGAACCUGUAUUGACAAAGGCUGAACCUCUACUACCAAAGGCUGAACCUGUACUGACAAAGGCUGAACUUGUACUGCAAAAGGCUGAACCUGUAUUGACAAAGGCUGAACCUGUACUGACAGAGGCUGAACCUGUAUUGACAAAGGCUGAACAUGUAGUGACAAAGGCUGAACAUGUAGUGACAAAGGCUGAACAUGUAGUGACAAAGGCUGAACUUGUACUGCAAAAGGCUGAACCUGUAUUGACAAAGGCUGAACCUGUACUGACAGAGGCUGAACCUGUAUUGACAAAGGCUGAACAUGUAGUGACAAAGGCUGAACCUGUACUGACAGAGGCUGAACAUGUACUGACAAAGGCUGAACCUCUACCACGAAAUGCUGAACCUCUACUGACAGAGGUUAACCUGUACCGAGAAAGGCUGAACCUCUACCACGAAAGGAUUCAUAAGCGGGCGUUCAUGUGUAACUAA